AUGGCUACAUUAAUUCGAAGCAAGAUUUCCAACAAGCUGUCCAAUGCAGCUUCGACGGUUACUAAUAAAUCUCAGGCGAAGGUAAGUGGUCUCUUCGCCAGAAUGGGCUUCCAGGCUGCCACUGACGAAGAAGGACUGGGAUUCGCAGCCUGUGACGAUCUGGACUAUGACCACAGGCAAGGACUGCAGAUGGACAUUCUAAAAAAUGAGGAAAUAGGGGAAGAAGUCGGCGUCGAUAACGUGGGAGAUGGAAAUAUGGAAGGGGACAGUCACUACCAGAGAGAUGGCACAGGUCCCCCACCCUCUGUGUCAAAAGAUGGCGGUAUCUGCAGCGAAUUUGGGUCUACAGAUAAGCCGAAAAUCACUGCUUGGGAGGCAGGAUGGAACGUCACUAAUGCCAUUCAGGGAAUGUUCGUACUUGGGUUACCAUACGCCAUUCUCCACGGCGGAUAUCUAGGACUUUUUCUUAUCAUUUUCGCGGCCGUUGUGUGCUGUUACACAGGGAAAAUCCUUAUCGCUUGCCUCUAUGAAGAAAACGAAGACGGACAACUCGUGAGAGUGAGAGACUCGUAUGUUGACAUUGCCAAUGCUUGCUGCGCGCCCAGAUUUCCGGCAAUAGGAGGUCACAUCGUGAAUGUAGCCCAGAUAAUUGAGCUCGUCAUGACUUGCAUUUUAUACGUCGUAGUGAGUGGUAACCUAAUGUAUAACAGCUUUCCAAACCUCCCCGUCUCCCAAAGGUCAUGGGCCAUCAUGGCCACCGUCGCGCUUCUGCCUUGCGCCUUUCUCAAAAACUUAAAAGCCGUCUCCAAGUUCAGCCUGCUCUGCACCCUUGCUCACUUCGUGAUCAACAUACUUGUGAUAGCCUACUGCCUGUCGAGAGCACGAGACUGGGCCUGGGAUAAGGUUAAGUUCUACAUCGACGUGAAGAAAUUCCCUAUAUCUAUUGGUAUCAUCGUCUUCAGCUAUACAUCGCAGAUUUUCUUGCCAUCGUUGGAGGGUAACAUGCAGAAACCUAGCGAGUUCCACUGCAUGAUGAACUGGACUCACAUUGCCGCAUGCAUUCUCAAAGGCCUGUUUGCUUUAGUGGCGUAUCUGACGUGGGCAGACGAAACCAAAGAAGUUAUCACAGACAACUUGCCGUCUGGUAUUAGGGCCGUUGUCAACAUUUUCCUAGUGUCUAAGGCCCUGCUGUCAUAUCCGCUGCCGUUUUUUGCUGCUGUUGAGGUACUGGAAAAGAGUUUUUUUCAGGAUGGACGGCGUGCGUUUUUCCCAGAUUGCUAUGGAGGAGACGGACGCCUUAAAUCCUGGGGUCUAACUUUGCGAUGUGGCCUUGUGGUAUUCACUAUGUUAAUGGCCAUAUACGUUCCGCACUUCGCAUUACUCAUGGGGUUAACGGGCAGCCUGACGGGCGCGGGCUUGUGUUUUCUCCUCCCUAGUCUCUUUCACCUGAAGCUGCUUUGGAGGAAGUUGCUUUGGCACCAAGUCUUUUUUGAUGUCGCUAUAUUUGUUAUUGGAGGUAUAUGCAGUAUUUCUGGCUUCAUUCAUUCAAUGGAAGGUCUCAUUGAAGCGUUCAAGUACAACAUACACGAUUAGUUGAGAGAAAAAAAUGUUUCUUCAAUGUAAUGUCCCCAGUUUUUCGACAUCAAGCAAAACCAACAAACCUAUAAACAUAUUCACAUACAAACCCCGAAAAAAGAAAAUAAAAUAUACACA